AUGGCAGCGCUCGCCGGACUACCGAUUCCCCGAAUGGACUGGUCUUCAACCGACGCGCCGCAAGCCCUUAAGAAAUUCAAAAGCCUCUGUCAGCUUUAUUUCGCUGGUCCGCUAAAGGAUAAAAGCGAGGAAGAGCAAGUCAGCUACCUCUUAAUAUGGUCAGGCGAAGAAGGAAUCGAACUGGUUUCCACGUGGUCGCUAACAACCGACGAAAAGAAAAAGCUCAGCACAUACUGGGAAAAGUUCGAGGACUUCGUGGCGCCGAGAAGCAACUUCAGGCUUGCACGCUACAAACUCCGCACCCUGAAGCAGGAAGCUGGCGAAUCAUUCGAUUCAUUCCUAAAGAAAGUACGGAUUUUAGUAAACGAGUGCAAGUUCACAAACCCUGAUGAACAUAUUAUCGACACUCUUAUCUUUGGAUCGAACAAUCCGCGCGUUCAGUCAAAACUCCUCGAGUAUGAUGCCAGUCUGACACUUAACAAAGCAGUGAGCAUUGCAAGAACCCAGGAAGCCACGAGUAAUCAAUUACAGGACAUCAGAGGUAGCCAAAUCACCACAGUCGAUGCUCUGCAACAUGGCCGAAACACGCAACACAUGAACACACCACCAGCACAGGGCACCCAAGGCGAAAGGUGUGGAAAUUGUGGCACCUUCCACGAUCCACCCCGUAGAUCGUGCCCAGCAUAUGGAACAAAAUGUGAUGCCUGUGGCAAGUUUGGCCACUGGAGAUCCGUUUGCCGUUCCCGCCCAAGGGCCAAAACCAGGGAUAAACAGCACAGACCACAAGUUGUACAUGCCAUAGACACCACAGAGCCCAACACCGACUGUCCAACAGUACAGAGUAUCGAUGUUCCACACACGCUGGAUACCCCGCAACUGUAUUUCCACUCCUUGUAUAUAGACAGUGUUGUCGAAAGGGACACUCAAGUCUUGUUACAGAUAGAAGUGGACGCAGGUCAGAGCACUAUGCCCUUACUGUGCAAAAUCGACACAGGAGCCGAGGGAAAUGUCAUUCCUGUCAACAGGUAUAAACAGCUGUAUCCACAGUCAGCGUACAGCCCAGAUGGCGCACCUCUCGGUUUGUGUCCUUCUAACACAACAAUUACCGCUUUCGGUGGUCACACUAUACAGCACUAUGGAACUUGCGAACUUAACUUAUCACACAACGGACACUCCAAGCCGUACCCUUUCCACGUGGUGAACACAACUGGGCCAACGAUCCUGGGUCUCCCUACCUGUAGAGAUAUGAAACUCGUCACCCUCAACUACAGCCUCACCACUGCCACCUCGCCAGGGGCAACAAAGUCCACACCAAAACCCUCUUGCAAUGCAGAUGCAAAGAAGGAGCUACUCAUCCAGUAUGAAGACUGCUUUAAGGGCGUUGGCUGUUUUCCGGGGGAGUUUCACAUUACUCUGGAUCCUACAGUUCCACCAGUCAUCUACCCCCCACGGAGAGUACCUGAGGCACUACGUGAACCACUUAAAAAGGAACUUGAUGCCCUUGUCCAGCAAGGCAUCAUUAUCAAAGUGGACGAACCCACUGACUGGGUUAAUUCAUUGGUCUACGUAACAAAGAGCAACGGCACACUUCGGCUGUGUCUCGACCCCAAGGACCUCAAUCGUGCCAUCAAGCGACCACACCACCACACCCCAACACUCGAUGAGGUCUUACCAAGGUUAAGUGACGCCAAAUACAUCUCUAUUGUUGACGCCCGCAGCGGCUACUGGAACAUCCAACUCGACCACGAGAGCUCCUUGUACACCAUCUUCAACUCACCUCAUGGGCGAUACAGAUUCUUGAGGCUCCCGUUCGGCCUCAUCUGUGCCCAGGACAUCUUUCAGAAAAAGGUUGACGAGGCAUUCGGUGAUCUCCCAGGUGUCACAGGUAUUGCCGACGGCAUAGUUAUCUAUGGGCGUGACCAGAGUGACCAUGACGCUAACCUGAGAGCUGUCAUGGAACGAGCACGCGAAACUGGCCUCCGCUUCAACCCAGACAAGUGCAAGAUAAGGUGUACUGAAAUACCCUUCUUUGCAAAUAUCAUCAGCGACAGCGGUCUCAGACCAGACCCACAGAAGACGGAAGCGAUCCUUAACAUGGAUCCUUCAGCGAGCCUUGCUGACCUACAAACCUUUCUUGGCAUGGUACAGUUUCUCAGUCGUUUUGUACCCAACCUAGCCUCCCUAUCAGCUAACCUCUGGGAUCUGACAAAGAAGAGCAGCGAAUUCCAGUGGGGCCCAGAACACCAGUCAGCCGUCGACAAGGUGAAGGAGGCAGUCACUUCUACCAGCUCACUCCAGUACUUCGACAGUACAAAACCGGUCACCAUCCAAGUUGAUGCAUCCACGCGUGGUCUUGGUGCGACUCUCUUUCAGGACAAAGGCCCUAUUGAAUACAGAAGCAAGCUUCUAACUGAAACUGAAACCCGUUAUUCAAACAUUGAAAGAGAAAUGCUUGCUAUUGUACAUGGCCUUGAGAAGUUUCACUAUUAUGUAUAUGGCCGACAUGUCACUGUGGAGACAGACCACAAGCCGUUAGAGGCGAUUUUCAAGAAACAUCUCUCGUCCUGUCCGCCACGCAUCGCAAGAAUGAUGCUUAGGAUUCAAAAGUAUGAUGUGGAAAUUCAGUAUGUUCCAGGAAAGAACGUUCCACUGGCUGACCCGCUGUCUCGAAUUAACCCACUCCCAGGCGACACAAUCGAAGGUCUUGAUGUAUCAGUCCAUGAACUGCACCUCCACCUGAAUGCCACCCCAACAAGGAUCAAUGAAAUUAAAGAGGAAACAACUAAAGAUGAAGUUCUCCUCUCACUCCGUGCAAUUAUCACACAAGGUUGGCCUGAUACAAGAUCGGAAUGCCCAGCCCACCUACAUGCAUAUUGGAAUUAUCGCGAUGAACUAACCGUCGCAGAUGGCAUCAUCUUGAAAGGCACACGCAUCCUCAUUCCUAAACGCCUACAAUCGGCUGUAUUGCAGCAGCUGCACUAUGCACACCAGGGCGCAGAAAAGUGUAAACUCCGUGCCAAGGGAUCAGUGUUCUGGGCCAACAUAAACCGAGACAUCGAAGAAAUGGUAAAAGGCUGUGCUCCAUGCCAACACAACCAAAAAAUGAAUGUGAAGGAGCCCCUCAUGCCCCAUGAUGUUCCUCAGAAACCAUGGCACACUCUUGGAUCUGACCUGUUCUUUUGGAACAAUGCGCCCUAUUUGCUAGUAUCUGAUUACUAUAGCAAAUUCCCUAUAGUGAGGAAGUUGAGCAACAUCCGAUCAGAUACAACAAUUGCCCACCUGAAAUCCAUAUUUGAGGAGCAUGGCAUUCCAAGCAAACUCGUCACUGGCAAUGAUACUCAGUUCACUUCCGCGAUAUUCCAGGAGUUUAGCAGUAGCUAUGGAUUUGUCCACACAACCACUAGCCCAUACUUUCCACAGGCCAAUGGUUUUAUCGAGAGAACUGUGCAAACAGUAAAGAACAUUUUACAAAAGUGCAAGGAAUCUGGUGCAGAUCCUCAUCUCGCCAUGCUAUGCCUGCGAAGCACUCCUCUUGAUCACAGUAUUCCGUCGCCAGCAGAACUCUUGAACUCAAGAGUUUAUCAAGCCAACCUUCCAGCAAUAUCCAAACCAAGCCUCUCCUUAUCAGCAGAUGGCGAUACCAACUCCAAACUCCAAGCAAGGCUGGAAAAGCAACAGUUGCAAUACGACAAAACAUCCAAACCCCUCCCUGCGGUACACCCUGGAGAUCCUGUGCGUGUCUUCAAUCCCCACAGCCACAAGUGGGAACCAGGUGUCGUCAAAUGCAACAUGCAGACCCCUCGCUCUCACCUCGUCGACAUGGCAAAUGGCAGUGUCCGCCAGCGUAACCGCCGCCACCUCCGCCCUACAGGAGAGACCAUAACGUUGCAGAAUGGCAGCCACGUUGAAACUGCAGAGCUCCCGCUAGCACCACAACCCGGAACCAGCACCACCUCACCAAGCGCACUAUCUAAUGAAAGCACCCCCACAAGCGAGCAGGCCACACCAACCUCCCUGGCACCUAGCCCGGCAACCACACCAGGACCUGUGACCAAAGAGACUACACUGCGUCGUUCCACCAGGGUGAUCAAACCCCCUGCCAAGUUGAACCUAUGA